AUGGUCGUGCAAACCCGAGGCAGACACAAAGAGUCGCCGCUCAAGCCCCCCGGCGCUCAGCCGCCCCCGCCCCAAGCCGCUGGGGCGCCCCAGCCCGGAGCGAGCCCCAGGAGCGGCCGCGGGCUGCAGCAAAAGCAGCCGGGCAGGCAGCUGUCCUGCGGGGCCGGCGCCAUGCGGAAGGGAGGAACCGGGAGGAAAGGGGCCAAGAGCGAGCCCCAGAAACCCAGCGCCCCCCUGGCCCAGAGGGUGAGGGAAUUGCUGGGCCUGGGCCAAGAGGGGUCGCUUCAGGGCUGGAGACACGGGCUCCGAGUAUUUAUUGAAGAAAAAGGGGCCUUCAUCAUGAGAGCAGAUAGCAAGAUAUGGUUCACUUUUAUACUAGCUGCUUUUGCAGGAGUUUUACACUGGUGUCAUAUUACAACUCUUUUUGAAAAUGACCGUCAUUUUUCUCACCUCUCGACGCUGGAAAGAGAGAUGGCUUUUCGCACUGAAAUGGGCCUUUAUUAUUCCUAUUUCAAGACGAUUGUUGAAGCACCAUCAUUUUGGAAUGGAAUGUGGAUGAUUAUGAACGAUAAACUAACUGAAUAUCCUCUGGUGAUUAAUACGUUAAAAAGGUUCAAUCUUUAUCCAGAGGUGGUCCUAGCCAGCUGGUACCGCAUAUACACAGGGGUAAUGGAUUUUAUUGGUCUUCAGACAAAGACAUGCUGGACUGUAAACAGAGGAGAAAGGCUUAGUCCUGUUGAAAGCUGUGAAGGAUUGGGAGACCCUGCUUCCUUUUAUGUUGCUGUGAUCUUUCUUUUAAAUGGACUAAUGAUGUCAUUGUUCUUCAUAUAUGGCACAUACCUAAGUGGGAGCCGUCUAGGAGGUCUAGUUACGGUAUUGUGCUACUUUUUCAAUCAUGGGGAGUGCACGCGUGUGAUGUGGACUCCACCCCUUCGUGAAAGUUUCUCAUACCCAUUCCUUGUGCUUCAGAUGUUGCUUUUGACCUACAUUCUCAGGACUCCGAAUAUUAAUAGAGGAAGCUUGAUUGCACUGUGUGUUUCUAAUGUCUUUUUCAUGCUUCCCUGGCAGUUUGCUCAGUUUGUCCUUCUGACACAAAUAGCCUCGUUAUUUGCUUUGUAUGUUGUGGGUUACAUUGACUCUCUCAAGUUACAGAAGAUACUUUGUGCACAUAUGGCAUCUCUUGCACUGUGUUUCAUUUUGAUGUUUGGCAACUCAAUGUUAUUGACAUCAUAUUAUGCUGCCUCUUUAGCAGUUAUCUGGGGUAUUCUUGAAUGGAGUCCAAAAUUGCUGAAAAUGAGUAGAAGAGAAGUCAGUUUAUGGGCCAUUGAAGGAUUUGCUUGGUUAUUUGGAACAGUCACCUUGAAAUAUUUGACUUCUCUAAUAUUUGGAGUAGCUGAUGAUGCACAUAUAAGUAACCUGCUAAAAUCAAAAUUUUUUGUCUACAAGGAUUUUGAUACGUUAAUGUACACCUGUGCUGCAGAGUUUGACUUCAUGGAAAAAGAGACUCCAAUAAGAUACACAAAGACGUUACUACUUCCCGUUGUUCUUGUGGUUUUUGGGAUAAUCAUCAUGAAGGCAAUUAAAUAUAUUGUGUGGGUUUUAUCUCAGAAAGACCUCUGUGAACGAGAGGACCAUUUUAACCAUGGUGAGCUGGUAUACCAUGCAUUGCAGCUAUUGGCAUAUACUGUACUUGGUAUUUUAAUUAUGAGACUGAAACUGUUUCUGACACCUCACUUAUGCGUUAUGGCUUCCUUGGUUUGUUCAAAACAGUUGUUUGGAUGGCUCUUUGGCAAAAUUCAGCCCAAAACAUUGGUCUUUGCUAUUUUAGCAAUAAUGGCAAUAGAGGGAUCAGCAAACCUUCAGAAUCAGUGGAACAUCAUGGGAGAAUUUAGCAAUUUGCCACAGGAAGAACUUUUAGAAUGGAUAAAAUCCAGUACCAGACAAGAUGCUGUUUUUGCAGGAGCGAUGCCUACAAUGGCAAGUGUCAAGUUGUCUGCCCUUCGACCUAUUGUCAAUCAUCCCCAUUAUGAAGAUGCAGGGCUGAGGGCCAGAACUAAAAUAGUGUAUUCCAUGUAUAGUCGAAAACCAGCAAAUGAAGUGAAAAAAGAAUUGUUAAGACUAGGAGUGAAUUAUUACAUCUUAGAAGAGUCGUGGUGCAUAAGAAGAACUAAGCCCGGUUGCAGUAUGCCUGAAAUUUGGGAUGUGGAAGAACCUGCCAAUGCUGGCAAAAUUCCUUUAUGUAACCUUAUGAGUAAGGAUCCCAGGCCAUAUUUCAACACAGUAUUCCAGAACAGUAUUUACAGAGUCUUGAAGGUUACAAGGGAAUAA